CUCGUCUUUCGCAUGUUCUGGCGGCCUUUUUUCUUCCGGCGUUUCCCUCGAUUUCUCGCGGUUCCCUCCACGUCCACGCAGAUUUCGAUGUUUCGCUGACCCCUGCUCUUGCUGCGUCUCGCCUCCUGUCUCGUCUCCGUUCCUUCCGACGAUCUUUCCCCCUUCUUCUCUCGUUAUUUCCUGCAUUCGUCUCUAGGUGUUUUUCUUCGUUUCUCUUUACCCCGUCUUUCUGCCUAGGCGCAUUGCCUGAGACUUGUUUCCACUCCUCGACCCGCAUGUCAAGUCCGCGUUGAUUCGGCAGUCGCCGUCCCUACAGAAGGAUGGAAACAGAAGGCUUAGACGAGGGAGAGAUGGAGGACGGAAUGCUGUUAGAGCGAAACGAUAAAGAUCCAUCUCGAGUCUUCCGAAGAACGCUUCCACAGGAGAAAGCUGCGAUACGGAAGUUGUCAUUAGUAGGCAACACUGUAUCCGUCACUCCAGGGCAAUGUCGACCGAAUUCCUCAGGAUCAGUAACAGGAGCAAAACCACUCGGAGACAAGCGGAACAACCUCCGGCUUGGUGGGCCGCGUCGUGAGGCAGAGAAAGGCAAAACUUGGAGACGAAAUCACGCUGUUCUCGCCUUCCUGAUCCUUUUGUUUAUGUUUCAAACUCCCUACUACCUACCUUCGCACGGCCUUCCUCUCGACGCUGACAAGCGACGAUGGGCUUCUAUGUCUGCUCUAGCAAAUGCGCCAGCACAUUCUUCCUCACUGCAUGCACCCUUUUCUUCCGAACGCCUUUCGCCUCUCGCCUCUGUCUGUGCCUCUGUGGACAGACGCCGCUCCCGCGCCGACUUCCAUCGGCAGAGUCUCUCUAAGACUGGCAAGGCUCCGAAAAACAAAGCUGAACCUGCUUGGUGUCUCCUCUCCCCCUGGACUUCCCUCGCCUCUUACGAAAACCCCAUAAGACAGUCGCACAAAAUGAGAGGAAAAAAACGCGAUUCUGGCCUCGAAUUCUCUUCUUGGUCUUCUGCUUUUUCACGAGGCUCGGUCGAUAGUUUCUCUCCCUCACGUUCUUCGGGGACUACCUCUCGGUCGUCUUGUCGUUGCCGACGAGGUUCCACCCUUUUGCUCCUUCCUGUCUCUGCUGCUUUCUCGCCUGGAUUUGCUUUCCAGUUCCUCCCAUUGACCGCAUGCGAUGGCGUCUCUCCUGCAUCGCAGGCGCGGUUGCCAUCGUCGGUUCUUCGUGCUUCUUCGCCUGCGGCGCCCUCUCACUCCUCUGGGCCUUCGUCCUUCUUCGCUUCUUCCCGGCGUCGUCCGUCUUUGUUCUCCAGGUCCUUCUCAGCUCUCUGUUCGUCUCCUGAUGUGUCUUCUGACAACGCUUCCUCCUCGACGGAUCUGUCGUUUCCAGUGCUACGCCGCAUAGUGCCUGGCCGUGUAUCGCCUUCGCUCUCAGUGGGUGCCGGCAUCGUCAAGCCCCACUAUGCUGAGGAAGACGACGGCCGAGCGAAAGCCAAAAGGGAAGCGAUGCUGAGUGCAGAACUCCAGCUGAGACGCUGCGAAGGUGACGAAAUGAAGGCUAGACUCGCGCGUUUCCACCCUGUCGCAGAAAGGGAGAUGGAGUGGAUAAAGCCUCAGGCAGAAGUAGAAGGUGUCCGGCGCGCAUGCGAGGUGACCAGGGAAGUUCUGCAGGUCGCCGUGGAUUUUGUGAAGGGCGUUUGUGCGCAGUCUUCCGCCCCUUUGACAACGGAAGAUAUUGAUCGAGUUGUGCACGAAGAAACGAUGAAACGCGGCGCGUACCCGUCUCCCCUGCGGUACUGCAAUUUCCCCAAGAGUGUCUGUACCUCGACAAAUGAAAUCGUUUGCCACGGUAUUCCUGACGACAGGCCGCUUCAACGGGGGAGCAUCUGCAGCAUCGACGUCUCCUGCUUUCUCGAUGGCUUUCAUGGAGACUGUGCGCGAACAGUUCCCAUUGGAGGUUUCGAGUCUCUCUCGCCACCGCUUCGCCGCUUGCUCGUCUCUGCUCGAGAAGCCACGCUGGAAGGCAUUCGCGUCUGUGCACCAGGCAGACGGCUCAGUGUGAUCGGCGAUGCAAUUGAAGAGUUCCUGACGCGCAGGGGCUACAGCACUAUUCAUGAUUUCUGUGGACACGGCAUCGGCCGAAAUUUUCACGAGGAACCUUUUGUUCUUCAUGCCUCAAACAACAUGCCUGGGCGGAUGCUGCCGGGGAUGUGCUUUACCAUCGAACCAGUCGUCUGCAUGGGUGGAACAGAUUACACCACGUGGCCCGACAAAUGGACGAUCGCGACCACUGACGGAAAACCGACAGCCCAAUUCGAGCACACGGUUCUCAUUACCGACACCGGUGUCGAAGUGCUGACGGACUGUCCAGACGGAGAGACAGACAUGCUGGAGCUCGCCAAGGAAGUGUUCUGACCGCUGGCACUCUCGACGUACUUGAAAUAAUUCCAAAGCGAUGCGACCAUCUUCGAUGAACACGUCACUUAUGGGGAGGGCUAUUGCGGAGUUCCCGAAGUGGGGCAUGUGUCGCUGUGAAGCUGUUGUAGCGAGUGCCCUGCCAAAGGCGAAGCGUUUAUGUCACUGCAUCUCUGUUUUUUGACAUGUCCUGACCCCAAGCGCAAAAGUGCUUGUGCGGUGAGUAGCGGCGCACAUGUCAGUUUCGUGUCAUAGACACACGGCCACAUACGGUGCUAGCUAGAGGUGGAGAGUUCUUUUCUCCUGUUAGUGGCAAACAGGUGAUGUCGCCUAAUCUUCCAUGAGAGCCAUCAGUGGAGUAAAUCGACGCCAAAGCGACAAUGCUACCGCAACGGUUCUCUGCAUGUCGCUAUUGAGCGUAACUGGGAAAAGUGUGACUGUAUCCACGAGGAACUUCAUCGUGACGGGCCUGUCUGUGGAUUUCACAGUCUCGACAUUGUGUGAUGUGUGAACAUUCUUUAGCGCAC